CGAGAACCAUUCGCGGGGAACAGCCGACGCGUCAUGGCUCGAUCCAAGUACGUCCUCCCCUUCAUCGCCUUCGUCGCCGUCGGAAUGGCGAUAGGGCAGGACUGUACCUUCGGUGGCGUCUGACAUUGCCACUGGGGUUGCAUGGGAGGCCGAGCUGCCGCAGGAUAUGGCGAGCCUCGGACAGUGUGUCGGUCAGGGGGUUGCUGUCAUGGCGUGUCACAUCGCCAUUUUUACCCCUAUCAGGGCCUUCUGUUUCAGUUGGCAUUUAUCUGGCGGUUGGAGGAGUUUUCUGGUACUAAUAAUCAUUGGGAAAAUGACAAAGAGUCUGCUUUGCUUCGCCUUGGAUUUGUAAAACCUGAAAUUCUCAGCUGGUCACCACGAAUUAUUCUUUUCCAUAAUUUCUUAAGCAUGGAGGAGUGUGAUUAUCUUAAGUCAAUUGCUAGGCCUCAUCUUGAGAUAUCAACAGUGGUAGAUCCUGAAACAGGGGAGAGCAUUAAAAGCAAAGUCCGCACAAGUUCUGGCAUGUUUUUAAGCUCCAAAGACAGACAAAUCCCAAUAAUAAAGGCUAUUGAAAAACGGAUUGCAGUUUUUUCUCAAAUCCCCACAGAGAAUGGAGAGUCUAUUCAAGUACUGAGGUACGAAACUAACCAAUAUUACACUCCACAUCACGAUUACUUUUCAGACGCAUUUAACUUAAAGAAUGGAGGGCAACGUGUGGCAACAAUGCUCAUGUACUUGAAUGAUGUUGAUGAAGGGGGUGAAACAAUUUUCCCCCAGGCUGGGUCCGGCGAAUGCAGCUGCGGAGGGAAUAAGGUGAAGGGGCUAUGUAUGAAACCGAGAAAAGGCAAUGCAAUCCUUUUCUGGAGCAUGGGACUUGAUGGGCAGUCGGAUCCCAACAGCCUCCAUGGAGCAUGCCCAAUCGUGAAAGGGGAGAAGUGGUCAGCCACGAAAUGGCUGAGGCAGGGAGCCAUCUCCUAGUAAAUUUUCUUCUCUCAUACAUAUAUAUAUUUCAGUGUUAUAGUGUCGAUGAUCACAAAACAUGGUCUCUCUGUACUGUUUGGAUGAUUACAAGCUAAUCAUUCUCCAAAUCAACAAGAACCGCAGCAGCAGCAGCAGCAGCAGCGGUGAGGGUUUUUUUUGGUUUGCUUUCAUGUGCUUAUAUAUUUCUCAACUUUUAAUGUUUUUUCUUGGGAUGAUCAAAUGUAAGUAGGGGAUAAAAAAAGCUCACAGAGAAUACAUAUAUAUAUACAUAAAUGGAUCGCAAUGUUUUUU